CACCGACCGCAUCAUCACCGGACUGUCAAGACGAUGGCAGGCAACAGACGCUUGCAAAAGGAAUAUUCAGAGCUGCAGAGCUCGCCCAUAGAAGGGGCUUCUGUCGAGCUCGUCAGCGAUUCCAGCCUUAACAAAUGGCAAGGCGUCCUCCAUGGUCCUGCUGCAUCUCCAUACGCAGGCGGUAAAUUCAAGUUCACCCUCGAGUUUCCACUCGAAUACCCCUUCAAGGCACCCCAGCUCAAAAUUGUAAGCGCCCAAGUCUGCGACUGUCUCGUCAUGCUCACACGACACGCCUAAGCUCACAAAGAUCUAUCACCCCAAUGUCAAUGAGGAC